UCCGAAAUUCACAUUCAGUGGCUUAUACUGAACAAUGGUUAACAUGUGCUGUCACCAAUCUCAACUAAAAUAUAUUCACACCCCGAAUCCAAGACAGUCGAGGAAACGGCAUAAUAAAAGAAAAAGGAAUUGUUGGGAUACACUAUCUCCGACAACACAUCGCCAGACUUGAUUAAGAGGACAUUUGAAAGGUCCAGUGUGUACCGUGUGGAAGAGUAUCUGUGCGUUGCGACUGAGUGCUGAGAUGACUGCGGAGUGGCUGCACCUGCCCCCACCUUACCCCCCCGGAGUGGGGCCGUUGUGUGGUGCAGAGUUGGAGGCGUGGUAUGAAGAUCUGCAGGACAUCCUUGGUUCUGACGCAGGUGGGGCCAAACUAGCUCGACCCCCGCCUUGCUCUGAGAAGGAGCCCGAGUUUCUGGACGUGUUGGAGAGCUGCUCGCUGACGUGGCUUACGGACGGGCAGGCGUGGGGCGAGGGUGUGCAGCGGGUGAUGGAGGAGCCCCCUCCUCCUCCGCCGCUGCCCACCCAGGCCCCAGCGUCUUGCCUCAGCCCCCCGGCUCAGGAGGAGGAGCGGAGAGGAACGGGAGAGGCGCAGGGCCAGGGUUCUGGCUCCGGCUCGGGCGGCGACCUACUGCCGCCCGAGUUCUUCGAGCUGCUGAGCGAGGGCGGGGUGGGCCUGGUGGAGACCGGCGCGGUGAUGGUGAGCGGCGCGAGCAUCGGCCACCACCACCACCACCACCACCACCACCAGCAGCAGCGCCAACCGCCCUCGCCCGCUCGCAGUGAGGAGGGGCCGCCCACCGUGCCUUGCUCCCCUUCCUCCUCUUCCUCCUCCUCCUCCUCGUCCUCAUGUGCCUCACAGUCCCCAGCUCGCCUUGGCCACUCGCCGCCGUCCUCGCCUCCGUCCCCGCCUCCUCCCCCGCCGCCGCCCGUCUCCGCGGCUCUCCUGGUGUCGUCGCCGCGACCCGGGAAGCGCAAGCGGGCUGCGUCGCCGGGGUCGUCGUCCUCCUCGUCAUCGUCCGCCAAGAAGAGCCGGCGCGAGCGCGAACAGGAGAACGAGCGCAAGGUGCAGGAGCUGACCGACCAGAACGAGCGGCUCAAGGCUGAGAUCGAGAGGCUGGGCGAGGAAGUCCAGCGAACACGCCGCGCCCUGAUCGAAAGACUUGUGAACACCCGAAAGUGAGAGAAUGUGAGAGUGAAAGAACGAGAGAGUGAGAUGCGAAAGAGUGAAAUGCGGUUGAUAGCUUGGAGAGCGUUGGCUUCAGGAAAAGUCGUGACCUCAACAGUAAAGGUUGAACAGGUGACAGUGCUAUGCAUAUUCAGAGGGAAGAAAGAAGGGAAAAAAGAGACCAAGUUGUAAAAGGGAGGAAUGGAUGGGCUGGUCAAGAGGAGCCUCCCUUUAGAAUGUUAGAGACAGCAAGGGUGAUGAGAAAGUGAAGCUGAGCUGAAGUCAAGGAAGACACGCCCCGUUUGAGUUGAUUAAUUGGGCAUGAAUAACGAACGCCCGCUUCCUGUAAGUGUUGCUUUAUCAAUUUACGUCUUUCUGAUUGAAGAGAAGACCGAUCGAUGCCUAACGGAGCACUAUGAGAUCAAUGGAGCGGGGUAGAAUGGAAAAGUGUUGGGUAGACUGGCAUUGGAGUUCUGUAGGCGGGAAGUACGAUUGUUCGAACAUAAGGUUUUAUCUUAUCGUAGUUAACAUCGUAGCCCACUAAACGAAAUGAAGAUAAGAUAGCGAGUGUCCAAAGAGAAAUGUGUUUUUUUGAGCGUGGAGAGUGCAUUUCAUUGCUACCGUUCUUCCGGACCUGUCCACUUUCAACGUUUUAGUUUGAUAUCAAGGGCUAAAUUUGUAAUAUACCUAGUUCACGCCGAGAUCAGGAGCUCAGGAAGGUAUCCAAGUGUGUGUGUGAGUGUAUGGUGGGGGUCUUUUUUUAAAAUGCCAUCUAUUGUAUAGCUAAGCUUUUGUAGUAAUCUCUAUAAGAAAAACAUGCAGUAAAAUACCAGUGCAGGUUGUAGUAGAAAUAUUUUUUUCUGUAACUAUUAGGUUGAGGCAGCAAUAUUUGCAAUAUAUGGUUUACCCUGAUCGACCAGCUAUUUUUGUAUUGCCUACUGCCAUUAUUCAAAAUAUCCACAGCUCAAAUGUAUAUUAUUCAUAUACCUUUUCAUAGGAACUGUAAGUUGUAGGUGAAAGCAAUGCAUGCAUAUUUAUUGUAACUAUGAUUAAAACCUGUUAGUUGCA